GAUUUAUAUUAUUCUACUGUUAUAUACACAACAUGGACUAUUUUAUGAGUUGAUACCCUAAUUAAUGCGACAUAGCUGUAAGAGUAGUUGAACAUGAAUAUACAAUAUAGACUGACUGGCUCAGUGUUUAUAGAACUACCGUAGUUGACGUGUGCUUAUGUUUGCAAGAAAAGAACAUUCCUUUUAAAAGUGAACAUUUAACAGUUGGCGACGAGGAUUAAAAACCCUUUGAAAAUUUAAAAUUAUAUUGUGAAAAUUAAUAAUUGUGAAUACAGUGGUGAUAUAAGUGGUUAUAUAUUUUGUUGCAAGGAUUUGUACAGACUGAAAAGGAGGAGCAACAGUUUUGCUUAGAGGAAUCAUCAAAAUACAUUCAGUGUUCAUUCCGCAGUGGUGUAUGUUGGUGAGUUCUCUAUUCUCUAAUUAUAUUUGGACUCCAACAUAAAUUAAUUAGCACAGUGCUGCCAGUUUUACAUUUUUGUAUUUUGGGCUGAAUAGUUUGCUGAAUUCGGAUUGCGUUUUGGAUUAUAUUGACGAAUAUUUGAGUACGGUAAGAAAAACGUAUAAUUGUUAGAGAGCGUUGAAAUAUAAAGGUUUUGUUUUGUUUUUGUUUCCAUUGCUCUAUAUAGUAUAAAAUAAUAUGGCUGAGGGUAGCAUUAACAAGGCUAAUGUACUGAUUGGUACGAUUGAGCCAUAUGUGGUAGGUACUCCGUUUACUAAUUAUUCGGAACGUUUGGAGUACUUAUUUCAAGUUAAUGGAAUUGAUGAUCCAGCAAAACAGAAAGCGCUUUUUGUUACGUUGAGUGGACCAGCAGUUUAUGAGGAGCUUAAGCUGUUGUAUCCUUCGAAAGAUGAUUUAAAAAACGUUUCUUAUGGAGAUAUUUCUCAAAAGUUGCGCGAGCGCUUUGACAAAGUCGAUUCGGACUUAAUUCAGCGCUAUAAAUUUUAUAAUCGGGUGCAAGGACCAAAUGAGAAGGCAGAAGAUUUCGUGCUAGCUGUCAAGUUACAGGCCGAAUUCUGCGCAUUUGGUGAAUUUCGUGAGACGGCCAUCCGAGAUAAAUUAGUGAUGGGUGUUUCCGAUAAAGCCUUGCAGGAGAAGCUACUAAAUGAAGAAAAUCCUAGUUUGGCGACUGUGGAAAGGUUUAUUGUGAACUGGGAGUUGGCUGGGUCACGGGCUCGAAUGAUCGGCGAUCGACAAAGCAGCCAAGUAGCUUCUGUAAGGCAACGUUUGGGCAGAAGAGAAACGUAUGAAAAAAAAAUCAUUCGUAACAAGAGCAGAAGCAGAAGUCGUAGUGCUGUUUAUAAGCAAGGACGAAAUAAGAAUGAUGAGUUUAAGCGACAUGGAAGGUAUGCGGACAAGAUUUGUGACUUUUGUGGAAUCAAGGGUCAUAUCAAACGUACCUGCUAUAAGCGCAUGAGGCAAGAGCGCCAUUCGGUUAAAUUUAUAGAUGAGAGGAACGAUUUGAGCUUUGGUGAUGAACAAAUUGGCGAGCUAUUCAACCGAUUGGGAACGGAUUUGAACAAAUCUGAAAGUGAUAGCGGUUCAGGUGAUUUUUUGUGUAUGAAAGUGUCGUCUAUAAAUAGAAUAAGUGAACCAUGCUUUUUGAAAAUAAAGGUUCAAGAUCAGCUGGUUAAAAUGGAGGUUGAUUGUGGUUCGGCUGUUUCAGUUAUUGGUUCUAAUUUAUAUGACAAAUUAUUUGAUUUGCCUUUACAGAGAACUGAUAAGGAGUUGAUGGUAGUGAAUGGUUCAAAGCUUAAUAUAUUGGGUAAAGUUGACGUAAUGGUACGUUUUAGGACCAUUGAUAUUUUAUUACCUUUGUUUGUAUUGAACUGUGAUUAUGAUUUUGUUCCUUUGAUGGGUCGCAAAUGGCUUGACGUAUUUUACCCUGAUUGGAAGGAAUAUUUUACAGGUGUUAAUCAAAUCAAUACUUUGCGUUUACCGAAUUCAGCUGAGAGUAUCUUAUUGGAAAUGAAACAGAAGUAUUCUCAAGUUUUUUCAAAAGAUCUUUCUUCUCCAAUUAUUGGGUUUGAGGCAGAUCUGGUGUUGAAGGACGAUACUCCUAUCUUCAAACGAGCUUAUGAAGUUCCAUUUCGCUUAAGGGAAAAGGUAGUAGAGCAUUUGAGUAAACUUGAGAAAGAGAAUAUUAUUACUCCUAUUAAAACCAGUGAGUGGGCCUCUCCAGUUGUUGUAGUUCCCAAAAAGAAUGGUGAGAUUAGGUUAGUGAUAGACUGCAAGGUGUCAAUCAAUAAACUAAUUAUUCCCAAUAGUUAUCCUUUACCUUUAGCUCAGGAUAUUUUUGCAGAUCUGGCGGGGUGUAAAAUCUUUUGUGCCCUUGAUUUAGAAGGAGCGUACACACAACUUUUGCUAUCAGAUAAAUCUAGAAAGUUUGUGGUUAUAAAUACGAUUAAGGGACUCUACACUUACAAUAGAUUACCACAGGGAGCUUCGUCGAGUGCAGCAAUAUUUCAACAAGUGAUGGAACAAGUUUUAUCAGGUUUGAAACAUAUACGCUGUUACUUGGAUGAUGUGCUUAUUGCUGGGAGAGAUCUAGAAGACUGUAGUAGGAAAGUUUUUGCUGUUUUAGAUAGAUUAGCUAAGGUUAACAUCAAGGUGAAUUGGAGUAAAUGUAAGUUCUUUGUAUCAUCCUUACCUUACUUGGGACAUGUUAUUUCGGAAAAUGGACUGCUCCCUUGCCCUGAUAAGUUAGCUACAAUUAGGGAGGCUGCUGUUCCGAAGAAUGUAACUGAACUGAAGUCAUUUCUAGGGCUUGUAAAUUAUUAUGGAAAAUUUAUUCCCCACUUAUCUUCAAAGAUUAGUUAUUUAUAUAGAUUAUUGAAGAAGGACGUGAAGUAUGUGUGGGAUGAGAAUAGUGACAAAGCUUUUGUUAGAUGUAAAAAUGAGCUGCUAAAUGCUAAUAUUCUUGAAUUUUAUGACCCUAUGAAACCGAUUGUUGUUGUUUCGGAUGCUUCAGGUAUUGGCUUGGGAGGAGUGAUUGCACAUGAAAUUGAUGGAGUAGAAAAACCUAUUUCAUUUACUUCCUUUUCUUUAAACAAAGCUCAAAUGAAAUAUCCAAUACUUCAUUUAGAGGCUUUAGCACUAGUCUGUACAGUAAAAAAAUUUCACAAGUUUUUAUAUGGUCAAAAAUUUGUAAUUUACACGGACCAUAAACCUUUGGUAGGAAUUUUCGGGAAAACUGAAAAAAAUGCUAUUUUUGUGACUAGGUUACAAAGAUAUGUUUUGGAAAUGGCAAUUUAUGACUUUGAUAUAAUAUAUAGGCCAUCAGAAAAGAUGGGAAACGCUGAUUUUUGUUCGCGGUUUCCUUUGAAACAGAUAGUUCCGGAACAGCUGGACAAGGAUACUAUCAAAAGCAUCAACUUUAGUCAAGAAUUUCCUGUAGAUUUUUCUCAAGUAGCAAAUGAGACGCGGCUAGACGAAUUUUUACAACAAGUUGUUCAUUUUAUACAGAAUGGUUGGCCAGCAAGAAUAGACAAACGUUAUGCGCACAUAUUCUCAAAUCGUAUAGAUUUAGAAUUUGUUGGAAAUUGCUUAUUAUUUCAGGACAGGGUGUUGAUUCCAAAAUCCAUGCAUAGCGGGAUUUUGAAAUUAUUACACGCCAAUCAUUCUGGAGUUGUAAAAAUGAAACAAUUAGCGCGGAGGUCAGUAUUUUGGUUUGGAAUUAACUCAGACAUUGAGAAAUAUGUCGGUGUUUGCGAAUCUUGCAGGAGAAUGGCUGUUGUUCCCAAACCAAAAGUAGUUUCUGCGUGGAUUCCUACUAAAAGACCUUUCAGCAGAAUUCAUGCCGAUUUCUUCCAUUUUGAGCACAAAGUAUUUUUACUUAUAGUUGACAGUUACUCGAAGUGGAUAGAAAUUGAAUGGAUGAAACAUGGUACAGAUUCUAGGAAAGUUUUAAAGAAAUUUGUGGGAGUAUUUGCUAGAUUUGGUUUACCGGAUGUAGUUGUUACUGAUGGUGGUCCUCCGUUCAAUUCCUGCGAUUUUAUAACUUUUCUAGAGAGGCAAGGAGUUAAGGUUUUGAAAAGUCCUCCAUAUAAUCCGCCUAGCAAUGGACAAGCAGAGCGAUCUGUCAGGAUUGUAAAGGAUGUUUUGAAACGGUUCAUGUUGGAUUACUCAGUUAAGAAAUUAGAAAUUGAGGACCAAAUAAAUUUAUUUCUUAUUAACUAUAGAAAUACUUGUUUGUCCUUAGAUGGCAAAUUUCCAUCAGAGAAUAUUUUUUCUUUUAAACCAAAAAUGUUGAUUGAUUUGGUAAACCCUAAGAAUCACUACAAACAAUAUUUAGCUGAACCAAAACUACCAAACAAUAGACCAAAUAUUACUGAACAGUUUCAACCCAUUGAACCGAUAGAUAAAUGUAAUAUGGGAGAUUGGAUUUUUUAUAAAAAUCAUAACUCACAAGAUUUCUCCAGAUGGAUAAAGGCUCAAUUUAUAAAAAAAUUAUCCAACAAUUUAUUUCAGAUUGUGAUUGGAAACGUUCGGCUCACAGCUCAUCGAAAUCAACUAAAGGUGCCCCAUAACAAAACAGCUAAGGCGCGUGGAAUUUUGAUUCCUUACGCUAGCAGAGGUAGGAGAGAUGGCGGUACGGAAUGUAAAAGCGCCAGUCGGAAGCGAAACUUUCGUGGAACGACGAGCGAUGAUGAGGAGAUUUUCCGUGGUUUUCCAGAAGAGAUCAUUAAACGUCGGCGGUUAUCGUCAGAAAUUCAAACUCCCACCCUAAGAAAGUCAAACAGAUUAAGAAGAGCAAAAAUUGAAAAGAAUUUUAUAUAUUCUAAAAGCUAACGUUUUGAUCUUUAUUGAAAUCUUUUAUUAUAUUCAAAUUUAAUUUUCUGAGUUUAUUUUUUCUUGUAAAUUAAGGUAAAUAAAAUGAACUAAAUUGUAAAAAUAAAAAAAUAAAUAAAAAUAAAAACUAAAAGGGGAAGAAUUGUUAUAUACACAACAUGGACUAUUUUAUGAGUUGAUACCCUAAUUAAUGCGACAUAGCUGUAAGAGUAGUUGAACAUGAAUAUACAAUAUAGACUGACUGGCUCAGUGUUUAUAGAACUACCGUAGUUGACGUGUGCUUAUGUUUGCAAGAAAAGAACAUUCCUUUUAAAA